UACAAAUGUGAAAUAAACAAAAUAGCCAACAACAACAAAAACAAAAAGAUAUAAGAGCGGUUAAUAAUAUUAAAAAUCAAAAUAGAAAAAUGUUUCAAUGCAUUAAUUUGGGACAAGUCUUGAUGGACGAGAACUUGCGUGUGUUUUACCUUUGCAACAACUGUAACAUUGACAUCAGGGAUGGUUUAAGCCAAUUUUUGGAACAUUUAGAAGCCUGUGAAGGAAUCGGCAAAUUGUUGUCCGCCUUUAAGGCAGGACAACAACUGAAAUACCACACAGAGAAGGGCAUAAGAAAAAAAUCCAAAGCAGGCAACGAGUUUUUUAUAUAUGACUACCCCAACGUGGAAAUAUCCAAGCAGAGUUUCAUAGACCUUAUGGACAUUGAGGAGGAGCUGUUGAAUCCUAAAUGGUAUUCCGAUUUAACUACAGACAUAGGUAAUGCCAGUGCUUCGGCAGCAAAUUCCUCGAAGAAACAAUACGACAUCCUUGUCAAGGAGGUGACGCCUUUUGUGCAAUUUAAGGAACCUUGCAAUGUCAACAGCAGUAAAAGUCGAAUCAACAAAAGCCAGCAAAAAGUAUCGAUGGGGAAACAUUUAACAAAUGUGGUGCCCACGCUUCCAAAUAGCACAGAAAAGGGCUAUGCGAGCAAGAAAAUCAUUGCAACCAAACGAAAAUUGCCCAUAGAAAGUGUGGGCAAUGGACCAAUUCAAAGGGUUAAUAAUACCAGCAAUGUUGCCCCAAUGUUGGUUUCAACCAAGAGUAAUGCCUGUGCUCCAAUUGCCAAAAAAAUAAAAAUGGUGGAAAAUGUAACGAGCCUCAAUGCUGCUAAUCCCUUCCCGAAAACGCAAUUUUUAGCCCCAAAGACCAGCAACAUAGUAACACCUUCCAGAAAUACAACAAACACUUCAGCAGAGCUGAUGAGGCAACCCACAAAGGAGAAAGAAACAGCUCAAAUCCUUAGCAAACUAACAAAUUUAGGAUUACAAAUAAAGCGCACACAUCCACCAAUGCCUGCCACGGAAACUGCUGCUCCAGUGACGGACGACAAAACGUUACAAAUACUUCGGAAGCUGCAAUCAAAAGGAGGAAUGAAAGUGAAAUUGGUGAAUCGGCAGGACAGUAACAAAAUCAAUGUGACGGGGUUUAUAGCCCAACCACAUCCAAUAAUCAAUGAACCCAUAUUGAAAAAAUCCAAUAAUUUAAUAAUACGAAAAGUCAAAUAAUCUUAAGGGUAUUUAUUGUUUCGAUUUUCAAACGUAUAGUCUACCCGCAAAACAAGUUCUCAUAUUUAAGCAAUAGUAUUUAGACAAACUUAAACACAAAUAAGAAAUAAAGACAAAAAAUGCAA